UGCUUCCUUUUAGUAGGUGUAAAACUGGAAGGUGUUCUGUGGUAAAACUCUACUGUAACUCUGAUUUCCCCGUGCUGUCGCUGCCUUGACGCGUAUGGUGGCCGACUGCAAUCGAAACUCCACUAUGACGGCUCGCUUCGUGCUGCCGCCGAUACAAGACAACCCGACAGGAUGGGGUCCGUGCGCCAUACCGCAGCAAUACCAAGAUAUGCCGUACCAACCGUUCGCCAAGAGCGACCGCCUUGGCAAGGUGGCAGAUUGGACGGGGACCACGUAUCAGGACAGGAGAGCUGCGAACAAAUACUCGUCGCAGUUUGGCUCUGGCACUCAGUAUGCCUAUUACCAUGACGAAGACGAGAGCACCUUCCAGCUGGUUGACACGACGCGCAUGCACAAGCCGAUGCACCAGCGAGGACGCUUCCGCAUGAACCAGCAACGCAACUUGCGCAGUCGUGAACGGCAGAAGCUGGUGCAGCAGCAACAACUCCAGGUGCUCUCAAAGUCGGCCAAAGGUCGCGAACGGGAGCGCAUGCAGCAGGUGCGUAAGUGGCAGAAGCAGAUGCGGCAGAAGUUUGACAACAAGGGGGGCCAGGUGCCGGUGAAGCACCGGGAGGCAUCGGUGGCUGUGCGUCCCAGCUGGAAGGUGCUGGAAGAGAUGGACUUUCCACGCCUGUUCAAGCUCUCCCUGCCGGCCGUCGGGGAGGGACAUGACGUAUACCGGUGCGGAGCGGUCGAGUUCUACGACAAGGCCUACAACCUGGUCACGUGCAAGAACGAGCGGCCCCUGCAGCGCAUCAAUCGCAUCUUCCACAAGGUCACCACCACGGACGACCCCAUCAUUCGGCAGCUGGCCAAGACCGAGGGACAGUCAUACAAGGUGUUUGCCACUGACGCCAUCAUUGCCUGCCUCAUGUGUGCCGGUCGGUCGGUCUACUCCUGGGACAUUGUGGUUCAGCGGGUGAAUGACAAGCUGUUCUUUGACAAGCGUGAUGACUCCGAGUUCGACCUGUUGACGGUGAACGAAACGGCAUCAGAGCCUCCGCACGAGGAGGGCAACAGCAUCAAUGCUCCACGCAACUUGGCCCUGGAGGCGACCUUCAUCAACCACAACUUCUCCCAGCAAGUGCUCAAGAUGGGAGAAGAUAAGCACAGCUUUGAGAACGUCAACCCAUUUAUCCAAGAUGACGAGGAGGGAGAGGUGGCCUCUGUUGCGUACAGGUACCGUAAGUUUGACCUGGGCGACAAUGUAGGCCUGAUAGUGCGAUGCGAACACGACGGUGCAAUGGUGGGCCCCAACGGGGAGCUCCAGUUUGUCAGCAUCAAGGCGCUCAACGAGUGGGAUCCUCGCUUUUCGGGUGGCAUCGAUUGGCGCCAGAAGCUCGACACGCAACGGGGUGCCGUGCUGGCCAACGAACUCAAGAACAAUUCGUGCAAGCUGGCCAAGUGGACAGUGCAGGCGUUGUUGGCUGGUUCCGAUCAGAUAAAGUUUGGUUAUGUGUCGCGGGUGCAUGUCCGCGACUCGUCCAAGCACGCCAUCUUGGGUACCCAGCAGUUCAAGCCCAAGGAGUUCGCUGAUCAGAUCAACCUGAACAUGGACAACGCAUGGGGCAUCCUGCGGUGCAUCAUUGACUGCUGCAUGCGCUUGCCUGAGGGCAAGUACCUCAUCCUCAAGGACCCAAACAAGCCUGUCAUUCGUCUGUACGACAUCCCGGACAACACCUUUGAGACGGAGAAUGAGGCUGAGGACGAGGAGGACGAAGAAGAGGAAGAGGCCGGAGGAGGAGAAGGCACUGGUGGUGGCGAGGGCGACAAGAAGCCUUAAGACACUCCAUAACCAGUGUGAUGUUGAAUACAGAGCUUGUUGCACUAAUAAAAGAUAACGUUUUGAUGCUUA